AUGUCUUCGACGCAGGAUGCCGAUCUAAUGGAUAUUGACAUUGACAUGGACCUGGAUGAGCAUGUCGCAACCCUUGAUGAAGAGUUCCAGCUUGAAGAAGGCGAAGAACCCUCAUUUGUACCGUCAACCACACAAGCCGCUGAUGCUUCUAACUUAAUACCUGCCAUCUACACUGAAGAUCCCAGCCUCGAGCCCCAGUGGAACAAAGUUCAUAUCCGUGGUGUCGAUGACUUCCACACCAGCGACAUCAUCGCAUUUGCUCUUGACCAUGUCGUCACCGACCAGUCAACUCCACCCGACGUCCAUAUUCAAUGGAUCGACGACACGUCUGCCAAUAUUUGCUUCAAGGACGGCGAAACGGCGAAAAGGGCCCACCUUUCGUUCCUUCAACACCCCAUCUCCGCGCAAGAACUCAUCAACUCUCCAUUUGAAUCUCGUACAGCAAAACCUCUGACGACCAGACCGGCGAGCAUGCUUACAGUACGCGUUGCACAAGCCAAAGACAGGAAAGCAAAAGGUGCUCGGGAUGCAAGUCGAUACUACCUCCUCCACCCGGACCAAGAUCCCACAGACCGAAUGCGACGUGAAUUCGCCAAUAGCCGAGGUGAACGAGGUGAACGAGGUGAAAGAGGUGACACUGGCAAUUACAGGCGUCGACGUUUCGACGAUCGCGAGUACAGGAGAAGGAGGGACAAUGACCACGAUGCAGGUGGGGAUGACUUCUCAGCGAACAUGUACGACGACAAUCCAGCAACGGACGGCGAAGCUACGGCACGAGGGAGAGAUCUAUUUUCACGAGUCACUAAAGGAAGACGACGAAGUGCCAGCCCCACAGCAAGGACGCGCAAUAGCGAUGAGAUUGACAUAUCCGAUUCUGAAGAUGAGCGCGACCGCCGACGACGAAACGGCUAUCGAGAUCGCACCGAGCGCCCGGCACGGUCAAAUGCGGGCAAAGAACUCUUCAGCGACACCAUCACCUCAUCCACCCGGAGACCGCAAGGAGGUGGCUUACAUUCCGACAGGAUAGAGUUGUUUCCCUCAAAGGCCACAAACGCCGACAACGACACCUCUAUGACGACCUCGGCUCCGUCGCGACCAGUGAACGACCCCGCCAACGUGCGAGCCAAUGCAGCCGCCGCGAAGCGAUUGAAGGCCGACCUUAUAAACGCUGCGCAGACCAGUCCACGGUCUCAUCACCGGCGCAGCCACGCCAUGGACGCCAAGAACGCAGAGGACCUCGCCGAAAGAUUCGCCCGGAAGAGCAUUUCCCUCGACAGCACCAAGUCAUUGCGAAACAACCUCCCCAACAGCGGCGUCGAGCUAUUUCCGUCGUCCACAUCGAGCAAUGGCGGCGGCGGAGGCCUGAGCAUCAAAGGCUCCGCGACAUCGGCGCCUGGAAAUGGAAACGGAUUCAACAUCAAAGGCUCCGGCGGGUUUAGCAUCAAAGGUCGCGCGGACAUGAAGGAACUGUUCCCGUCGCAGUAUGAUCGCUCCGGAAGAAACGAAGGCAAGGAGUUAUUCGACCAGCCGGUCAGAGAGCGCACGCAAAGGAGACAGGCUAGGGAUUUGUUCGAUUGA